AUGGCCCCGACCCGUCAUCCGUUAGUUCAAAGUAAGUCUAAAGCAAGAUUCUUCGAACGUCUUAGCCUGGACAAAGACAAUGAGCUCGCUCGUAGUAUUUACGCUAUGAUGAAGGAAGAAGCUAUAAAUGCUCGCGAGCGUUUGACGACGGACGAAGCUGCGCUAGUACCAGCUCUUAUGAAUACCGGCGCGAAGCCACCAUAUAGUCAUGCACAGAUCAGCGAGACCGCGCUGCAAGGCGAAACCCAGAAAAUCUACGACAGCGCACGAGGAGAAACCAAGGUCUUCUAUGCUCUUGGCCUUGAUAUGGACCAGACUCCGCCAAGAAAUUGGGUGAUAGCAUGGAUGCUCUGGCAUGUCUUCCGUUAUCGAGAUAUCCGUAACCGCAACCGUAAGGCCAACGUAGCUAGCAAUAGUGACAAAGACGACAACUGCGACCCAUGCGAAGCAUCAGCUCCUAGACCGAGUGCAGGCUUGUUCUGUAGGUAUACGGACCAGCUGAGUCCGUGGGCUGCUUACCCUGGGAUACAACAGCUGACGUAUAACAGAUGA